UAAACUGGUUUCAUAUUGAAGAAGUUUUCCGACGGGAUGCUGCCAUGAAACGUUUACUUCGAAAACUCAGUAGCGGAAGUGUGUGGCACUGUUUUGAAAUAAGUGAAGCUGCUUUGGAGUGUGUAGCGCACCGGGUCUUGUUAACCACAACACAAGGGAGACGUUUUUUUUCUUUUUUUGUCUCCCCCCCCUCCCUCCCUUCCUCCUCUCUCUCCGGCAAUAUAGCAGAUUUAAUUCCAUCUCUUUCCGCACGAAUGCAGAGUUGAAACCAUUCUCUGGCCAGGGAGUCCCUUUUUAAUAUAUCUUUUGAGGGGUUUUGUUGUUGCGCCGGGGCCGCUUGACACGAUUUCUCCAAGUCGUUUGUUUGUUUGUUUGUUUGUUUGGAAUAUGGCUCAGUCCAAUCCUGUCGCCAGUUCCCAGAAAGCACUCAUGCUGGAGAUGAUGAGUCUCCAGGACGAGCCGGUGGAGGGCUUCAAAAUCACUCUGGUCAACGAGUCGGACAUGUACAACUGGGAAGUGGCGAUAUUCGGACCGCCGAACACGCACUACGAGGGCGGAUAUUUUAAGGCCCUGCUCAAGUUCCCAGUAGACUACCCGUACUCUCCACCUUCUUUCCGUUUCCUCACCAAAAUGUGGCACCCUAACAUUUAUGAGAAUGGAGAAGUGUGCAUUUCGAUCCUGCACCCGCCAGUGGACGACCCCCAUAGUGGCGAGUUGCCGUCAGAGCGGUGGAACCCCACACAGAAUGUCAGGACCAUCCUGCUCAGCGUCAUCUCCCUGCUUAACGAGCCCAACACCUUCUCCCCGGCCAACGUGGACGCCUCCGUCAUGUACCGUAGGUGGAGGGAGAGCAAGGGCGAGGACCAGGAAUAUAUUGACAUCAUCAGGAAGCAGGUGCUAGCCACCAAAAGCGAAGCGGACCUCGAUGGCGUCAAGGUUCCCGUCACGCUGGAAGAGUACUGCAUCCGCACCAAAGUGCCGCCCACGGACGACGGCUCCAACCUGCUGUACGACGACGACUACUUUGAUGAAAACGGCAUGGAGUUCAAGAGCGACUCCUACCGAGACAUUUGCCUUGAUGACGACAACUCGGACUUUGACGACUACUACUGAUCAUUUACCUUUCCUGUCACGUGCACUCACCAAUGUUUUCUUUUUCUUUAUUUUUUGUUUAUCGGUGACUCAUCAACGGAGCUCCAGUUGUUUUAGCCCCCCCUAAAUUUUCUUCAAUCUGGCCCAUCAUCAUCAGGGAAAAUGAGAGGUGCGAUGAGAUUGAGCCAACUGUGCAAUUGUGCGUGAGAAGCCCUGCCACGUUUUGGGGCAAAAUCCCUCUCGUGCCUUCCGUGCCUCCAUUUGACCCCCAGCCGUUUGCUGGGUACGCAACUCGCAAGAUGGAGGAGUUUGUGUCCUGCUUUGAAGUGGCUCGUAUUUGAAGCAAACGUCUGUCUGACGCCUUCAUCAAAGCCAGCACUGUAAUCGCAACAUCCACGUUCUUCCCUGUGACUGCGAUUCUCUAGCAUGGCAGAGUUGAUCCUCCUCCUUUCCAAACUUGCUAGGGUUUCCCAAGCUUACUAAAAUAAUGAACACAUUGCUAUGAAACAGUGUGCCUGUUUGAUGGUCAAUAAAGUACUGAAAGAUAAAAAGACCCAUUUUAGAUACCGUUAGUUUGGGAAACCCUGAUGCUUGGUCUCAUUUUCUUUUUUUCUUUUUUUAUGUAGAAGGGGGUGGCUUUUCCUGUUGUUCAAGCUUUCCUACUUGGUGUUUUGAUGCAAUGUUUCUUGUCGUUUCAUUUGUCAAGGCCAUUCAGCCCAUUGUUUGAGCACAGACACCAACCAGAGAUCCAAUACAAGAUGUUUAUUGCAAUAACCUAAACAAGCUGCAAUUUUAUUCAAAACGCCUCAGGGAAAGAAAAAAAAAAAAAAAAAAAAAAAAAAACAUCCCUCUUGCUCACUUUCUGACUUCAUGCACUAUAUACAAUCUGCCUUCUGCAUGUGGGUAUUGUUAAUGAUCACUUGUUGUUUGUUUCUAUGUGCCCUGCGAUUGGCUGGCGACCGGUUCAGGGUGUACUCGGCCUCUCGCCCGAAGAUAGCUGGGAUAGGCUCCAGCAGCUCUGGCCCGUGUGAGGAGAAGCGGUACAGAAAGUGGAUGGAUGAAUGGACUUUACUAUUAUUAUUGUUUUUGUUUCUUCGUUUGUAUAUUUAAAAAAUAAACCUGAAAUAAAGAUCUUUAGAUUUGAA